AUUUCGGUUACACUUGCAAGGCGACUGUUGCUGGCCUGGAAUUUUCCCCAAUCGGCGUCCAGGUCGUCUUUGUCCACUGGCAAUCUAUUCGCCUAUCCGGGGACAAACCGUCAACACAUCGGAGCUCCCGUAACCCCCGAGCAAGAAGCAGGAUCAGAGCUUUUGCACCCCAGCGAAGAAAGCCGAUGGUCGGGUCCGACUCGGGCUUAGGCGUGAGUAUGAACCACACGACGGUCUCUAGGAGCAAGAGCGUGACGUCCGGACCAGAUUUGAGCAAGCAGAUGCAUUACGAGCUUCUUCCAGAUGAGAGAGUAAGGUUGCCCGUCAGCAAAUCGGCCACUCCUUGGCCCAGUCAUAGUGCCCAGGUACAAAAUCGUAGCCGGAGGGACCUUCGAGUUGGGCGCGAUCUGCUCCGGGACAGCGUUCGUCAAGUUGUACCGGGAAAUUAUAUUUUGCUGGCUCUUUACGAGACUAUCGUGCUAGGCCGAGUGCGGAACACGGCGCUGGACGCGGAUUAUAACCUCGGAGCGGUCCGCUUUGAGUUCAAACUGCCCACGGGAACCAGUAUACGUCAUACUGGUGACUUCUCCUCUACGACCGCGAUGGAGUACUCGGAGGAGUCGAGCUACGACAAGUUGCGUCGGUAAGGAGGAUUUCUGCGGCCCCGCGAAAACAUCAGCACGAUUCCAAUCAGCUGGUAUCAAGAUCCGACCCGAUCCGAGAAGGCCCUUCUGUAGACAGCGUUACGAAAGAUGAGGAGAAAUCCUAAUGAACCAGUCCGCCUCCAGGCGAACUUCGAUCUAAAAAUUCACCGAAAAUCAUUGUUCCAACGAAUUUUAAAGAAAGGUCUGGAAAUGUUACGUGACUUUGCUAAUGCUUUGAAUUUUAUUCUGGG